GCCUCUGCCUGCCCUGGCAGAGUGAAGUCUCUCCAGUUGAGCGUGGAGACCUUGAGAAGCAGCUGAAGAAACCUGGCCAAGUGCAUAUUCCAAUGACCUCAGCCCGACACGCACUGACGAAGGCCUGGCCCCAGGAGCAGAGCCGACACAGGAACUGAACUCACCCCGAGACAGAAACAGCCUCCGCCAGUCAAGAAACCCUCCAAAGCAUUUUGCCAUGGAUCUGGAAGACGAAGAAAACCUGAGUUCGAGCAGCACAGAGGCUAAGGACAGCUGCAGUGUGGACCCUGGGCCCCCGGGGGACAGCGCUCCGGGGCCGGCUGACAGCUACCUGCUCCCCAAUGGGGGGGGCGGCAGCGUCGGCAGGAAGCGGCCCCUGGACGAGGGCAGCAAUGGGCAUGCCAAGUUCCGCCUGAAGAAGAGGAGGAGGGCGCCGGGGCCCGCCCUGCCCAAGAACGCGCUGAUGCAGCUGAACGAGAUCAAGCCCGGCCUGCAGUACACGCUGCUGUCCCAGACGGGGCCCGUGCACGCGCCGCUCUUCGUCAUCUCCGUGGAGGUGAACGGGCAGGUGUUCGAGGGCUCUGGCCCCACGAAGAAGAAGGCCAAGCUGCAGGCGGCGGAGAAGGCCUUGCGGUCGUUCGUCCAGUUCCCCAACGCGUCCGAGGCCCACCUGGCCAUGGGGAGGAGCCUGUCCGCCAACACGGACUUCACGUCUGACCAGGCGGACUUCCCCGACGCGCUCUUCAACGGCUUCGAGACACCGGACAGGUCGGAAGUGCCCUUCUACAUGGGCUCCAACGGCGGCGAUGACUCCUUCAGUUCCAGCGGGGACCUCAGCUUGUCAGCGUCCCCCGUGCCCCCCAACCUCGUCCAGCCGCCCCUCCCGGUCCUCCCUCCAUUCCCCCCGCCCGCCGGGAAGAAUCCCGUGAUGAUCCUGAACGAGCUGCGCCCGGGCCUGAAGUACGACUUCCUCUCGGAGAGCGGGGAGAGCCACGCCAAGAACUUUGUCAUGUCCGUGGUUGUGGACGGCCAGUUCUUCGAAGGCUCGGGAAGGAACAAAAAGCUGGCCAAGGCCCGGGCCGCACAGUCUGCCCUGGCCGCCAUUUUUAAUUUGCACUUGGAUCAAACGCCGUCUCGCCAGCCUAUCCUCAGCGAGGGCCUCCAGCUACACCUGCCCCAGGUGUUAGCCGACGCCGUGGCCCGCCUGGUUCUGGAUAAGUUCGGUGACCUGACGGACAACUUCACCUCCCCCCACGCACGCAGGAAGGUUCUUGCUGGAAUUGUCAUGACAACAGGCACAGAUGUGAAAGAUGCCCAGGUGAUAUGUGUUUCCACGGGAACGAAGUGUAUUAACGGCGAGUACAUGAGCGACCGUGGCCUCGCUCUGAAUGACUGCCACGCAGAGAUCAUAUCUCGGCGGUCCUUGCUCAGGUUCCUUUACACACAGCUUGAGCUGUACCUAAACAAAGAGGAUCAGAAGAAGUCCAUCUUCCAGAAGUCUGAGCGGGGAGGCUUCCGGCUGAAGGACACGGUCCAGUUCCACCUGUACAUCAGCACCUCGCCCUGCGGGGACGCCAGGAUCUUCUCACCGCACGAACCGAUCCUGGAAGAACCAGCAGACAGGCACCCGAAUCGCAAAGCCCGGGGACAGCUGCGGACGAAAAUAGAAUCUGGUGAGGGGACGAUCCCCGUGCGCUCAAAUGCGAGCAUCCAGACGUGGGACGGGGUGCUGCAGGGGGAAAGGCUGCUCACCAUGUCCUGCAGCGACAAGAUGGCACGGUGGAACGUGGUGGGCCUCCAGGGCUCGCUGCUCAGCAUCUUCGUGGAGCCGAUCUACUUCUCCAGCAUCAUCCUGGGCAGCCUGUACCAUGGGGACCACCUCUCCAGAGCCAUGUACCAGCGGAUUUCGAACAUCGAGGACCUGCCCCCCCUCUACACCCUCAACAAGCCUCUGCUUAGUGGCAUCAGCAACGCAGAAGCGCGGCAGCCAGGGAAGGCACCCAACUUCAGCGUCAACUGGACGGUGGGCGACUCGGCCAUCGAGGUCAUCAACUCCACGACGGGCAAGGAUGAGCUUGGCCGAGCGUCACGCCUGUGUAAGCACGCGUUGUACUGUCGCUGGAUGCGUGUGCACGGCAAGGUUCCCGCCAACCUGCAGCGCUCUAAGAUCACCAAGCCCAACAUAUACCAUGAGUCCAAACUGGUGGCGAGGGAGUACCAGGCGGCCAAGGCCUGCAUGUUCCGGGCGUUCAUCAAGGCAGGGCUGGGCGCCUGGGUGGAGAAGCCCACGGAGCAGGACCAGUUCUCACUCACGCCCUGACCGGCGGCAGGUGUGGAGUGCCCAGUGUCCAGCACUGUCCCGAACCUCCAUCUGAACUGGGACGGCCACGCAGCUGGGGGCGGGGAAGGGGGGUCCGGUGCCGCCCUGGGCACCUCUGUGGCACCAUCUCCCCGUCCAGCGACCCAGUGACCCAGUGACUGCUUUCAAUCUCCGUUUACGAUAGAAAUUGAGUUCUACUGAGUAGGGCUUCCUUAAGCUUAGAAAUAGCAAUUACUUGGUGUGAAAUUCUUGAAUAAAUAAUUUAUUCAGAGCUAGGAACAUGAUUUAUAAAAUAAGUAAUUAUGCCAGGUCACUCUUAUGCCACAUUAUUUUAAUUGCAAAAAAGCAUUCUCUAUGGAGGAAGAGGAAGUAGAGGUAGAAGUAGUAACCUAGGAAGUCCAUGCCCCAUACCCCCUGCGGGGCCCAGCCGCUCCGGAAGCUUCUGUGUCCUUGUAGGAUCUUAUCACAGGAAACCUUCCUUGGUUUACUUCUAAAUAGAUGUAAAAGGGGCCAUUCGCUUGGGUUUUGAAGCAGUAUUUAAUUUUUCAGGACCAGUGGGAGUACAUCCAGGCUACCGCACAAUAACCAGCCUGGCCCCCCUCCUUCUGAGUCCAACAGACCAGUGACCAUCCAGAGGUCUUCAUGGGACCGAAAGAGAAUAAAGUUCAUAGAUACUCAUUUUGAAAAAUACCACUUAAGGCAUAUUUUUAAAUUAUUCCUUCCAGCUUUAUCAAAGACACAUUUGAGAAGUAAGCAUGCAGGCUGAAGGCGGCAGGCGGGGGUGGAGUCACAGCAGGGACGGUGCUGCUGGCAGUGGGGACCCAGGGGUCCUGCCCAACACCCUACAGCACACAGGACGGCCCAGGGCGGGCGAGCUGGGGUCAGGGGCAGGCCAAGGCCCGGCCUGUUGCUUCCACUCAGGGUCAGAGCUGAGCGGGCAGAGGAAGUGCUUCUAGCCUUUGGCUGAUUCUGGGUUGUGGAGGGACCCAUGGGUGCCAUGGGAGAGAUGAGGCACACCCCACCCACAGCGAAGUCAGGUACCGACACUGGCGGCAUCGGCUGUGCACCCAGUGUCCCAUGUCCUUAGGCUUAGAACGUGCAGAGCAUGGAGCCCUGUGUGAUCACAUCCUGCGGGCACGUCCUGGUGGGGGCACACCUGGCCGGGACUUCCAGGCUCCGGCACCAGCAUUCCCCCCUGUGUAGGCUGUGGCUCGCCCCCAGCCCACUGAGGGCGGGGUCUGGCUGGGUUCCAAUGUGCUGGCACUGCACAUCGCAGGGAAGGGCCCCGUGGAGCCAGCCCUCCCCAGCAGGCUUGCCCGCACCCUGACGACAUCGGGGAGGCCCUGUGUUUUUAUUCUUCUCUCUAUAAAUGGUAUUUUUUCUAAUGGGGAACGGGAGAUGGAAUAGUUUUUAAAAAAAGAUGUGGGUUUUGACGACCAAGCCCAGUGGAAAUACAUUCCGUAGACGUGUCCUGUCCCACGUGUCCUGCCUUCCCUCUGUCAGAUGCUGUGAGAAAUUAGCCGGGUCCCUCUCGCCCAAGUGAGCGAUGCCUUACUGUGUGCUGCCCCGCGGGCCCCGAGCUGUGCACCAUCCUGGGCCGGGUUCGUGUGACCGGCAGGGCUCGGCCUGAGGCACCCAGGACUGGCCCGUGGCUGCCAGGGAGGAAGGUAGGAGGCCUGCCCAGCCCCUGGGAAACCCCUAGGACAGGCAGCCAGAACCUCUCCUCUGAGCAGGAAGGAGGGCAGGUCGAGUCACUGCUGCGGAGACAAAGCAGGACAUCGCGCACUUUAACCUGUGCCCUCUGCGCCCACCGCACACUGGACACCCAGCUGGUUCCUUGGGGCGUUGAUUGGCACCCAGUGUCCUCCGUCUGGACUUGAGAGACUUCACAGAAAAGUUGACAUCACCAAGGACUUGGUUUUUUUUGAGAAAAAUGUUAAGUUUUGAGGACUUCUGACCAGUGGGGUCGGGAGGGUUUCUGCUCUGUUAGCUAAACCUGAGUCAGUUCCAUAAGAACACUGGUCGCCGUCCAGCCCACGCCCGGCGGCCAGUCCGCUGGCGGGAAGGGAGCUGAAGGGACGUCUCGGGUGGCGGCACGUUUGUGUCGUGAGCGAGGCUCUUCCAGGUUGGGCCACGGCCGGGGCUGGCAUCCUAGCCACAUGGCCCGGCCACAGCCACCUGCUCAGGGUCAGCCUCACCGUCUCAGGCCAGGGGCACAGGCACCACGAUUCCGAUUCCAGGCCUUCGUUUAACUUUCAUUCCUAUUUGGGAGAUUUGUGUUGUAAUCAAAAACAAUUGUUUUUAAAUGUCCGAGCCAACGUCUCAGAAGGGGUUGGUGUCCCUGGAAUUCAUGUUUAUCCAAAUCAUUUCAUUGGUCUCCGUGCUGGGGGGUCACCUUGUAAAGAAGUGCGUCCUGAACAGUAACUUCACGUGGCUGUUGAGGAGCGGCUCCCGUCCCUCCCGGGUCUGAGGAGGGACGGAGGCCGCGUGCCCUCCUCACAGAACACGACACAACACAGAUGGGCCUUUUCAUUUCUAAACUCUUUACACCAAACUAUCGGGUCUGCCCCAGCCACAAAUUUGAUCCAGCAAGAGAAAUAAAAUUAGCUGGCUUUUCCCCCCUAAAGCCUAUGAAAUCUCUCAAAAGGUCUCUACCAUACGGCUGUGUGAAUGGGAAGGGAAGAGUACUAGUGAUCAUGUGUGUCCAGUUCUGUGUGUCCUUGUCCCCGGCGUGUCCUGUGACCACCUCCUGCCCGCAGCACACAGUAUGUCCACACGAUGGGCGGGGGAAGGGCACAGGGUCUGACCUGAUCCUGACUCGGUGGCUGCACUUCCCUGCGUGCUGUUUGAAGGGAUGAGCCUCCAGCCCCAAAGACACCUGUUUGGGCGCCAGGAACACCUGUUCGGGCUCCGUGUGGCUGAUGGUGCACGAGGGCCGAGGGCAUCCUUUGGACGUGACCACGGCCGGCUGCAGGCGUGGUCUGUGGAGUGUCGGUGGCGUGAGCCGGAAGGCCCUUGCCUUCUCAGACUGUAGGCUGUGCGCUCCUGACUUCUGAAUGUGGACACUUUAUAUGAAUGUAAUUCGGCCAAGAAACCAUCGCUAAGAUGCUCUCCGUGCUCCCAUAUGUAUAUUGAUGUAUAUACCACACGUUACACCCGCAUGUGCUCCUCGCGCACUGAGACCCGUGGGACCGAGCAUGAGACGCUGUCACAUAGACAAAGGAUUUGCAACAUCCUCAAUAAAACCAAGCGUUUCACUAC